AAACACUCAACCACUCCCACCGCGCUCUCCUCUCCCUGGCUCCAGGGAGUCACAACUAGCAACCAUCUACAAACACACACCUCAGGAAUAUGCUUGACAUUUGUCUGUCGAUAUCGUCAACGCUCCCUGAGGUUUGACGAGGCGGCGAGAACCAGAACCCAGGUCUCGUGAACUACCGAGAAUUAUAUGACUCGAGAUAAAUAGACUUCAGAGUCAGGAUGGAGAACGAAUUCCCUCCCAAGAUUAGCACUGUGUUAAUGACUCCAGACCCUCAUUACAUUCCGGGGUAUGGUGGGUACUGCCCCCAGAUCAAGUACACCGUGGGGAACACCUACGGCAAGCUGACCGCCCGGCUCCUCACCAGCCCGGAGGUGAACCGCUCACAGAAGCUGAUCCUGCAGUCCAGCCGCGUGCAACCCGCUGACCCGGAGACAGGCCCUCAAAAUGAGAUCUGGAGGAGCCGCAGUGACGGGGGCCAGGCGGAGAUAGAGAAGAUGAUACCUGGAUACACAGGGUUCAUUCCCAAAAGCCAGAACUACUUCUCUAAGACAUACGCGGAGACGUGCCGGGACGCCCUGGCGGACUUUGAGAAGGAGCGGCAGCGCAGAGCUGACACGGUGGUGUCACCACACACCCUGCAGGCCAGGAAGGCGAAGGGCGGCACAAAGCAGGAGCACAAACUCCCCCACUACAACACCCCUCUGGCUCCAAUUGUGAAGGAGGCUGCCCCCUAUCGCUUCACCAAUGAGUGGCACCCGCACGGCUCUCCGUAUUUCAUGGAGAAUGAAAGCCCCCACAAGUACUUCAUUUCAGGUUUUACAGGGUAUGUCCCCAAGGCUCGCUUCCUCAUCGGCAGUGGCUAUCCCAUCCUCACGAACCGCGCCCUGGUUCACUUCACCAAUGAGUUAAACCAGAGCGAGUUAGGACCAAUCACGUUUCAGCGGCGGCCAAGGGAAGACCACUGUUUGCCCUACAUCUCACAGAUUUACCCCUCCAGUCUGGGCCUCCUGCCCAAAUACACCGGCCACGUACCAGGAUACAAGUACCAGUACGGUCACACCUUUGGACAACUUACCACCAAUGCCCUGGGUUCCAGCACCCUUCAGAAACAGGCAGCAGCUCAAUGAAGGAAAGCCCUGAAGCACAUUCACUUGUUUAUCCAAUUGAUACCAGCUGUACAAUGGAACGGAUAGAUCCUUUUAUUGUGUUAUUAUUUAAUGGGAUUGCAAUUACAUGAUUCUGUGUUGGUGUUGUCCAAUUGCCUUGCUGGACACAGAAGCCUGUUCACCAUGUUUGCAAGGAUCCUUGCCUUAACCUCCUUGCUUUGCACAGUGGUGUAUCCGACUUACCAUGUCGUCAUGAACAGGGCCUUAACAAAUCCACGGCAGAUUUUACACACCCUACUCGCUUGCAGUUCAGUCUUGUAUGUUAUCUCCCAGAUUUCUGUAUAAACAAUUAAGGGAUUCAAUUAAACUGAUCGAAAGAACAAUUACGUUAUUAACUGAUUACUAAUUAUAAAACUCUUAUUAACAAAAUACAAGCGACAAUUCUGGCCAUAGAAAUUGAGGUGAUCAAGGUUAAAGACCCAAAUGAAUGGACUACCUUACCUAAGGUAAUGUUUGGUAGUCCAAUCCCCUAUUCACACCACCUACUGUAAUAAGUCAUUGAAAACGUGACUGAAUUAAGUGAGUUGCACAUGAUUUAGGUAGUGUGGGGGGGGGGUACAUGCAUAGUGUCGAGCUGAGUGGGUGAAACUGUAAAAAAAAUGUAAAUGAAAAAAGAUUUUUAACAAAAUUAUUGGCUUAAAAAUAUAAUUAAAACCUAUAACA